CAUGGUUAGAAAGGCAAUGCAAACGACGUUGAAGUCUCUCCGACUUCCCACGCUCCUUUUCAACUGAAUUUUGGGGCCACAGUUCAGAUAGAUGGGCUUUUGAGAAAUUUGCAUAAAAUAUCAAUUAAAACGGACAUAAAGCAUAACUUCUAAUCAAAUGUUUUCUUUUAAUUAAGAUGAAAUAUUCAUCUAAAACAGGAAUUUAACAUGUCAAACAAUUCAGAAAAACAUCAGCAGCUCUCCAAAUUAUUCAAAUAUUCAGAAACUCACGAAUCAGGCAUUCUUCGUGGCUGCCAAAAGACCAGGGUCCUUGGCCGGAAGGUGAUGGCAGAAGAUAACGAUCUGGAAAAGCGCGCUGUAGAGGAGCUCCUCAGGGAGACUGACAGAGCCCGGGUGAGAGCAGAGACCAUGGGCCCCGCAGGAUGGUUGAAAUGCCCCCUGCAGGGCACCAACAAGCGUUUUCUCCUCAACACGCUUCGCUCCACAGAUAUUCAGCACCGCUCCGACGUGUCCAGAACUAGUCGCUCCAGCAACACGAGAGGACGCAUGAGGAGCGAGUCCCCGGACAGACGGCGUGACCGCAGCAGAUCGCCGCCAGCAGAUCACAGGAGUAAUGGAGGGCGCACAGAACGCAAACGCUCUCCUUCUCCUCCUCGAAGGGAGAGCCGCACAAGUCAAGAUAAGAGGUUGGACAGAGAUAAGGACCAGCAGCGCAGGCACAGAGACGACAGAGACAAAAGACAUGAUGACGGACGAAAUAGAGACAAAAGCAGACGGAUACAGACUUCAUAAGCGAACUGGCUCUGUCUGGGGAGAGGUGGCAGAUCUCCACGCUCAGAACCAUCUCAGGCUUUCAGAAGUGGUGUGAUGUAGAAGGUUGCAAUUUACCACACAUAAUUUAGGUUUAACAAGUAAAGUGUGUUUUACUGAUUAUUUUCUGUUCAAGAUUUUGGUGAGACUAAUAUGUAUUUAUUGUCCUUCUUGGUUCUUGUUCACUAAAAUGUCACCUAAUAAAAGCUCAAGCUGCUGUUA